UUGACAUGUGGCAAGUUGUUUAUCACUCGUUGCAGAAAAAUAUUUUUUCGGAUCGACUUGAUUAUCGACUUAGUUUGGCUUUGAGCCUUUUCCCUUACCUUCCAGCCCUCUUUUCCUAUUUUUAUUUCCUCCCUGGCUUCAUUUCUCCCUCCUUAUUUGUUGAUCAACUUUCUGGCGAUUACUUUAGGUUCUCCGUCCGCGUGGAAUUUUUGUUCUUGUCUCCCAAAAAAGGUCCUGAUCUUAUAGUUUUGAAUGCCAUCAUGAGUUCCAAUGAGGAAGAAACUUCUCCAAGGACAGAAAGCCGUCCUCUAAAAAGCCGCAACCCUUCUACAAACCUUGUUGUCAAGAUGAUAAUGCAAGGAAAGGACAUUGGUAGCAUAAUUGGCAAGGGUGGAGCCACUGUGAAAAAUUUCAGAGAAGAGAGUAGUGCACACAUCAAUAUCUCUGAUGGUUCCACUCCAGAAAGAAUUGUCUCUGUCACUGGAAGUAAAGAUGCUGUUGUGACUGCAUUCUCACUGAUAAGCAAGAAGCUAGAAGAGGAGCUUAUAAGCAAUUCCAAGAGUAACCUUACACCUCCUGUCACCUUGAGACUCAUUGUGCCUGGCAGCCAGUGUGGUUCUAUUAUUGGGAAAGGAGGUACAAAAAUCCAAGACAUCAGAGAGGUGUCUGGUGCUUCAGUUGUGGUGGCUGGUGAAUUUCUUCCUGGAUCUUCUGAGAGGGCUGUGACGUUGUCAGGAACGCCAGAAGCCCUUGCUAUUUGCAUUGAUCACCUCUGUUCAGUCAUGUUAGAGUUUCCACCCAAAGGACACACGGUGCCAUACACACCACAGAAACCAGAUCACCAGUUCGGUUAUUAUGGACCUGCCCAGCCAUAUGGAGGUUACCCAGGCCAGUUUGGUAUGCYGCCCAUUUUUCAUAAUGGUUUUAUCCCUGGAAGAGGAGGCUUUGGUGGUGCAAGACGAGGAGGGAGGGGUGGUGGUGGUGGUGGUGGUGUCACCAUGAACCAGGCUGGAUAUGGAAAAGGCCCCACUACAUCUCUUACAAUGACAAUACCAAAAGGGGCUGUUGGAAGUAUCAUUGGCCAGAAAGGAAGUUAUAUAACUAGUAUAAGACACAUGUCUGGAGCGAGCAUAAAGAUUGGUGACAGCGAGAGUGGAGCAGACAAGCGAGAGGUGCUGAUCAAAGGGACAGCAGAGGCUGUAAGCUUUGCUCAGUUCCUCAUUAAUGCUCGACUGAGACAAGAUGGAAAGGCACCCAUCGACACAGAUCAAGAGGAGAACAAAGAAAGCUCAGAGGAAAAUGAAAAUACACAAUAACAUAUAUUGGCCUUCAAGCUCCAUGUUUCUUUUAAAUGAUAAGAUAUUUAGUAUUAGCCACUCAAGGUUAUACCAUGCCAAGUCGACCCAACCCUGUCCCCCAUCAAUUAAUUAAUAAUGCAAAAUACCAGUAGGAAAUAGAAAAUUUUAAAAUCCCCUCACAAUUAAAAUAUUGCUUAAGUACUGGUUUAACAAUACUGUCUGUGCACUUUAAACCCAAGACAAAGUCUUGUAAAUAGAAAUUUAACAUAGAAUAUUAUACUCACUGUAGUAUGUCAGAAAAAUAAACAAUAUGAAAGAAAUUGA